AUGGCGUCGAGAGCUUACCAGCUUGAGAUGCUCGAGCAGAGCCUCAAGCAGAAUGUGAUUGUUGCUAUGGACACGGGCAGUGGCAAAACUCAAGUGGCUGUACUUCGCAUCAAAGCAGAAUUGGAGAAAUGCGACCCGGAAAAGAUUAUCUGGUUUAUUACGCCAACUGUUUCGUUGAGUGCUCAGCAGCAUGUAGUACUGAAGCUGCAGAUUCCCUCCGUGCCCAUGAAAAUGCUGGCUGGCAACCGCCAUCUGCCCACUUGGGGGCAGGACAUCUGGAGUGCCCUUCUGGAGAAGACUCGAGUUGUGAUCACUACACCCCAGAUUCUCCUGGAUGCUCUUGACCAUGCGUACAUUCACAUGGGACACCUGGCUCUGAUUGUAUUCGACGAAGGUAUGCGCAGCUUUCCUGGCUUUGAAUGUUUUGAAUGGCUGACAUGUCUUGGUCCAAAUCUAGUCCAUAACUGCAUUGGCAAAAACCCUGGCGGCAAGAUCAUGCAGAACCAUUACCAUCCAUGCCUGCUGGCUGGCAAGAGCGUGCCCUCGAUAUUGGGUUUGACAGCAACCCCCAGCAUUCAAUCUAACGCCACAGAUCUCCCGGUUUUGGAGCAGCUGAUGGAUGCAAGAUGCAUCUCUCCCACCCUGCACCGUGACGAGCUCGUCAAAUGUGUCAAGCGACCCAAUAUCCAGCAUAAAAUCUACCUGCCUGCCGAAGAACACUCUACUCCUGCCAUGAAAUCUCUUCAUCAGGCUUACAGUGAUCUAGAUAUCAAUACAGACCCUUUUGUGGUGUCGUUGAUAAUAGAACCUUCGGAGAAGAAUCAGCGUUUGCUAGAGAAAACGAUUCAGAAGCGCGACACCUUUACGCAAACUCAGAUGAAGACAUUUUGCUCGCAGUCGCAGGGGGUAUGCCAACAGCUUGGGCCUUGGGCUGCUGACCUUUUCAUCUGGAAGAGCAUAUCGGCUUAUCUUGAUAAAGUAGAUUCGGGCGACUUAUUUUUUGACCAGUGGUAUCAGUGUCGUGACCGUGAAAAGAAAUAUCUGGCCGACGUCUUUCGUCGAGUCGACAUCAAGCCCCCUCCCAAGACUCCGCAAGACAUAAGCGACAUUUCAGACAAAGUUCUUAUGCUCUUGGAAGAGCUCUUGUCAAUGGAUGAAUCGAACACGGUGGGAAUCAUCUUUGUCGAAGAGCGGGUCAUGGUGAAGAUGCUCGCCGAGAUCCUCUCCGUAAACCCCGCCGUCACAAAAAAGUACAAAAUUGGCACCAUGGUUGGAUCUUCCAGUUAUUCAUCGAAGCGAAAAGUCGUGUAUGACUUUGGAGAAAAGGGAGAUAUCAAGGCCCUGCAGAAUUUCCGCUCUGGCAAGAUUAACCUGCUCAUUGCAACCUCCGUCUUGGAAGAGGGGAUUGACGUUCCUGCCUGCAAUCUCGUCAUCUGCUUUGAUGUCCCAAAGACUUCAAAAUCAUUUAUACAGAGGCGCGGGCGGGCUCGAAUGAAGGACUCGAAACUUGUCAUUUUCUUUGACCAAGAUAACCCAGCGUUGCAGAAAUGGGAUGAGAAAGAAGAAGAGAUGAAGAAGCUUUUUGAAGAUGAACAGAGAGAAAUUCAGAAACUAGAGAUGAUGGAAAAUUCCGAGAGCCCAAGCAGCAUAUGUUACACUCACCCAUCGACUGGAGCGAGACUCGACUUUGACAAUGCCAAAUCGCACCUCGAGCAUUUUUGCAGGGUGCUAUCGCCGACAGAGUUUGUUGACAGCCGGCCAGAUUACAUUAUUCACAAAGACCCGGAUUCUGUUGCCUUGACGGCCACUGUUUUGCUUCCGCCGUUUAUUCCCGUGGAUCCGAGGCAGUAUAACAGUUUGUCUUCGUGGAAAUCAGAAAAGAAUGCCACCAAAGAUGCUGCCUUCCAAGCCUACAUGGCUUUGAACGAUGCCGGGCUCCUGAACGAAAAUCUGUUGCCGUUCAAAGCUGAUGAGAUCCCCGGUAUCGAUAAUCGAGCAUCUGAUGUGGCUGUUGAGCCCAUGAUGAAUCCAUGGCAUCAUAUCGCCCGUGCAUGGCGAGAAGCCGGCGACAAAUGGCUAUACUCUAUUACUUUCACCGAAGAAGAUGGCCAGGUGAUUGACGAAUAUGAGAUGCUGCUGCCUGUAAAGCUUGAUCAGCCUCCACCUCUGCACUUGUUUCUCGAAAGAGGCCAUAAGCUGGAGCUGCGGUUCACCGAAGGGAGGGCUGUGCCGCAUGACCAGGUUGCGUCUUUGCCAGACCAUACCUCAACUCUCCUCGCGCUGCAUUUCUGCCAUAGGUGGCCGAAAGAUGAACUCCACAACGGAGAACGAGAACACGUGGUACGAAUUUGGGCAAAAGGCAAAUCGCUCUCAAUGGACCAAAUUGGCACAGUUGAGUUUGAUCCGUUCGAUGAAGAUGUGAAAAACGGACAGUAUCUUAUACGAGACAACAUCAACUCUCCCUAUAUAUACAAGGAUAUAAUCGAAUGCAAACCGUCUAUAAGCCUGGUGCAGAACGCCUUUUACGGGUACGAAAAAGCCCCCGAAAAGGGGCCUUAUCUCGUGCUUAAGAAGUGGACACGGAGAACUGAUUUCCUGCACCGCAUGCAGGGGGACCCCCAAAAAGAGCAAGCUAGCAGCAGGCCUUACUCGCGGGUGUAUCCCAUGGAUUGGGCAAUGGUUGAUUCCAUACCGGCGAGGCAUGCAAUGUUUGGUAUGAUGAUACCCACGAUUAUACAUGAGCUGGGCUUGAUGCUCAUGGCCAGGGAGCUGGCCACCACUGUUCUUAAGCCAGUCGGGUUGUCGGACUGGGGUUCAGUUAGAGAGGCUAUAUGUGCGCGGAGUGCUAAUGAGCCGAUGAAUUAUGAAAGAGUAGAAUUUUUGGGCGAUUCUAUUCUCAAGAUUUGCACUUGCAUACAAGCUGCUGUUACCAAUCCCGACUGGCCUGAGGGCUACCUAUCAUACUGGAGAGACCGACUUAUUUCCAACGUAAGACUAUACCGAGCAGCAGUUGACUUUCGGCUGCCUAGGUACCUUGUCACAAAGCCUUUCACAGGUCAGAAGUGGCGCCCGUUGUACUUGGAGGACAGCCUACAGGAGGACGUUAAUGCUCCUGCAUCCGAGAGGAGGCUUUCGACUAAAACACUCGCAGAUGUGGUUGAAGCAUUGAUUGGAAUCUCAUACAAAGAGGGAGAUAUCGCCAUGGCGGAGAAAUGUAUCGCCUUGUUUCUCCCGGAAAUCGAAUGGAAUGGCGUGGAAAAGGGUAGAAAGAUCCUUCUGAAUAGAGUGCCGCCGAAUGAGCCCCUUCCGCCGAUUUUGGAGCCCCUGGAGAGGCUACUUGGAUACACCUUUCAGCGGAAGGCUCUUUUGACAGAGGCUUUGACGCACGCCUCAUACGUGGCGGACAAUGUGGUGGACACUGGCAAGCGAUCCCUCGAAAGGCUGGAAUAUUUGGGCGAUGCUGUUCUUGAUCACAUUGUUGUUACCAAAAUCUUUAAAGUGGUGCCGGAGCUGCCCCAUUAUACGAUGCACACGUUGAAAACAGGCCUGGUGAAUGGCGAUUUUCUCGCGUUUAUGACGAUGGAGCACGGCUUGAAGUCCGUCGAGGCCGUCGUGACGGACGAAGGCGACGUGGAGCACGAAGAAACGCAUACUUACCUGUGGCAGUUUAUGCGGCACGCGGCGAAUUCCAUUGGAAUUGAGCAGUUGGCGACUGUGACGAGACAUGCGGCCUUGCGGGGCAAGAUUAUCGACGCCAUGGAGAACGGCACGCACUAUCCCUGGGCUCUGCUGGCGGCACUGAAUCCAAAGAAGUUUUACUCUGAUUUGUUUGAGGCGGUGCUUGGCGCGGUAUGGAUCGACUCGGGAUCGCUGGAGGUGUGCGAGGCUGUGUGUGGCCGGUUUGGGCUCCUGAAGUACUUGGAUCGGCUGCUGCGUGAUCGUGUACACGUGCAGCAUCCGAAGGAAGAGCUGGGCAAGUGGGCGAAUUCCGAGACUGUGGUUUACGAUUUUCAUACUGAAGACAUUGCUGAGUCUCCUGGCGACAAGGAGUUCUUUUGUAAGGUUGUGAUUGGGGAGAGGGUGGUGGUGGAGGCUCGGGGAGGGAUCAAUAAGGAGGAGAUUAAGACGAAGGCUGCGACGGAGGCGGUGAAGAUUUUGGCGGAGGAGAAGAGGCAGAGAGAUGCGGUGGCCAAGGCUAAGGCGGAAGCUGAAGCUGAAGCUGAAGCCGAUGGUGAUGUUGUGAUGGGUGAAGCGAGUGUGGGUUUUGACGACGUUUGA